AGCGAACUGGCUUCAGAUAUAAAACCGAAAAACAAGAGGAUGGGCUAAUAAACAAAUGAUGCAAAUUAGAAUAAGACAACGAAGUAUAUGAACUAAUUAUUAGAUGAACUUUUAAGAUGGAUCUCUACGGCUGGACAGAACUGACCAGAGCAGUCUGUGGUGGGGACGUAAAUGAAGUCAGGAUGUUGCUAAAAGAGGGCGCUAACCCUGAUCAGAAAAAUGCAGCGGGAAAUAUGCCGUUGAUUUACGCCUCGAUGGGAGGUCAGGUUGAUAUGUUAAAGGUGCUACUUCCAGUAACAAGCAAUGUUAAUGCGACUAGUCAUAAACAAUGGACGGCAUUACACUGGUGCGCGUCCUUAGGGUACUCCAACUGUCUGGAACAUUUACUCCAAUCUGGGGCUGAUCCAAAUAUAAUGGAUAACUGUGGAGAGAUUCCCCUCCAAAAGGCGAUGAUAUGUAAAAAUGUGUCAAUACGAGCGGCCCGUGCGCUGAUUCAAGCCAACUCUAGACUGGAUUUACUUCAUUUCGAUUCACAAAGUAUUGGAGAUGAUAAUCUCGGGAAUGACGUUUGGCAUAAGAGGACGGCCAUUUUGGAAAUGUUGACAUAUGUCCGAUGUCCACCACGUAUUAUCAAAGAACUGAUUUCAAUGGGAUAUGUGCCCCAGAAUUUCAUUGCCAAUAACAUACAUCUCAAACAAUUAUUUGUGGCGAUUCACGAAAAAAUGUCAUCAUCAUGGACUUUGGCGGAACUCUGUCGAUACCAUAUAAGGAAACCAUUGAUUCAGAAACGAGGAUCUAAUGUGCCAAGUUUGAUUGACAAAAUGGAUAUACCACGCCCAUUAAAGAAUUAUGUUUCAUUCAGAGAACUUAACAUUUACGAGAGCAGCUAUAACCCUGAAGAAAUGGACGUGUGGUAGAUCACCAUAUGCUGAACAAGGAAUAGUAUAUUACUGCACUAAAGGAGUAAAGGGGUAACAAAGACUAGAUGUAAUUUGAGAGUACUUCUCUAAAAAAUGAAAAGUUUCUCAUAAUGUUCCUCUCUUAUUAAAAAUGUGAACAUUCAGUUGAAAUGUGCAAUCUAACAAGGAUAAGCCUUUAAGGCAAUCUAAAGCAUGUUAGCCACCAAGGAAACAUUACGGGUAAACGCCUUUAAGGAAUGUGACAUGAUUGUGUAAGCCUUUAAGGAAAUUACAUGUGCAAUUCUUUAACGAAAUGUGACAUGCACAAAUCUUUAAGGAAAUGUAACAUGCGCAAUUCUUAAAGAAAAUGUUACACAUGCAAUUCUUAAAGAAAAUGUUACACGUGCAAUUCAUUAAGGAAAUGCAACAUACCCAAUUCUUUAAGGAAAGGUGACAUGCGCAAUUCUUUAAGGAAAUGUUACAUGUACAAGCCUUUAUGGAAACCUUUAAGACAGGCACCAUAGAUUUCAGGGUAUUAGCUGAAUGUGUAAUCUGAAAUUUGCCUGACUCUCAAACAUAUAACACACAUGUGAUACUCUAUCAAAUAGCUGAGAAAAAUUAUGUCUUCUCAGGUAGAAUGAGAAACAUUAGGGACAAAAAUGAGCAAGAAUCAAAAACAAGGUAAAUUGAACAAGGGAGAAUUCAACAAAUAAGGGAGAACUUAAGGGAGAAUAAAUGAGGGAGAGUGAAGAUGAGGGAGAUGAGAUUAAAUAAAAUUGUAGUUUCAGUUUAAGAGUUCUCUCAAAACUGAAAUAAAGAAAUGCACAAGUAAUGAUAUCAAAUAAUGGUGUAAAAGUAAUCAACAACUGUUUUAACUUUUACACACAAAAAGGUUUUAGUCUAAAUUCUGUAACUCUGGUGGUUAUACUUAUUUGUGUAUGUUUAUUUCACAGUUUUCAAAGUGUAGAGCAUUCACCAACAAUUAGUACAUGUUUAUUGAAGAAAUGAAUGUGGCAAUUAUGUUGAGAAAAUAUUUUGUGAUAUUUAGUAUUAUUUACACACUUUUGUUCUGUGAAAUAAAUACAAAUUUUUAAAACUUGAACAUCUUACAAAAUUGUCUUUAAAGAAGAUAAAAGUUUAUGGAUACAAAAUCUGUAUUGAGCAAUAUCACAAAAUUCCAUAUGUAGCAAUAAAAUUUUUACAGCAUUACAGUUUUACAGUAUCGUUACAGUAUGACAGUUUUACAGU